GCAAUAAUCUUCUUCUGCUAUACGUGAGCCUACAGUGUUAGUUAGAACAUCUCUGCAUUAAGAACUGAAUUUAUAAGUGUUUCUCGAUCUUCCAGUAUAAGGGAUCGGGGAUAAUGGCGAUAGGAGGAAUAAUCGUUUUAUCCGCAUUAGUUGUACAAACAUUAUCAGCGCCAAGUGGCUGCAUAGAAGCCUGCAACUUCCUCCAAACAGGCAUUCAUCAAACGUUGGGCAGUUAUCAAGAUCAUGCAAAUUUAGUUCAAGCAAGAACGAACCUAAAUGAUUACGAUUACGCUAAACCAGGAAACUGGACUGAACAUAAUCAGUAUAGCACAGACAGCGGGCAUGGUAAGGUUCACGAAGAACGAGGACAAUAUGUCGGAGGGUCGAAAAGGGUGAGAUAUUACAAGAAGAAUUUUACCUCAUCCUACGGCAACGUGAACGGAGUGAACGCAGCGGAAUUAGGCGAAUUAGGCAGUCAACACAGGUAUGACUCGAUGCAUGUGCCAAGCCAGGAUAUCGAUUCCCAAAGCGCAUACGGUCUAGGACAGACCGUCACGAAGGAGACCGGAUACAACAGAGUGCACAGCCAACAGACACAAUCACUGAGAGGAUCGACAACGAGAACCGAUAGCCAGAGUCAGAGGCUAGAAGAUUUUGGGGAAUACGGCGGAUAUUCGCAGGUGAAUCAACACGUUCCCGUCAUUAACACUCAAACGGUCGACACACAGCAACAUGUUCAAACAGCUCCCAGUAAUUGGAGCAAAGUAGACUCGUACAGAACCGACGGAGGUCGCGGACAGGUCUUCGAAGAGGAAGGUCAAUACGUAACCGGGCCUAAGAAAGUUCGCUAUUACAAGAAAAACUACACCUCCAGCUACAGCUCCGGCGUUCCUCAAAGCAACAUUGGCUCAGCGACCUUGAACGAAUUACACAGCGAAUUGCAAAGAAACUUGCAGACCAACCUUGACAGCUUAAGAAGGGAUUUUCAUCAGGCCUCUAGCACCGGACACACCGCCGCCACCACGCACGUAGGUUCGACGGUGGACUUGACUCAGGAAGCAGUCGGUUUCCAUGAUCUGCAAACCGCCGAGAGCGAUGGUUACAGACAACAUGCGGGCUACCAGGGCAUCCCGUCCACUGGAAGUGUGCAUCAUUACACUGAUCAGCAGAGAGAAACACUUACCGAUACGAGGCAGCUGCCGCACACAUAUCCUACCGCGGCUGCAGAUACAUAUGGCACGGGAAGCCAUCGAACUUAUCAAAGCCACGAGACUCACAUGUCCCGAGUACAUCCUGUGCCUCAAUCGAGUCACUUGUCUCCCGGUUACGUGCAGGUUCCUACAAGCGGUUACCACACCAACUACCAUAGUGCGCACUCGAGUGGACAUCAUCUGGACGAAACCCAUCGUGCAGAGGUCUUGGGCGCGCAUCAGUCCAGCGUGCUUCAGAAUCAGCUGCUAACCGAAAACUCCCAGCGCGUGUACAACCCGCAUUCAAGUCACGUCACUUAUCCCAGCAGACAUGGCGAGACUAGGCACUACGAGGAGCAAUGGAGAUCCUCCAGUCACACCGGGGGCAGCCUAGCUCCCGAGCGAACCAGUGCGGACCAUUCCGCGCACGAUGUCGGUCACACGGAAAGAGCGCAUUACGAUCGAGACGCGUAUAAUGAACACCGCGGACGUUAUCAUAACGCCCAGGGAUACGAGUCCCGCGCACAUACUGGCGCACAUACUGGUGCAUAUACUGGCGCACAUACUAGCGCACAUACUGGCAGCAGUUAUGAUUCCGCGUACAGAACGAGUUCGGGACAACUCGUCACCGGAUCGCUGGACUUGGGGCAUGCAGCGCACGGUGCCGAUUGCACUGAGGAGACUCAUCAGCAAUAUCAACACGAAACCAGAUACCACAGAAAGUACAAACGAGAGGCUCAUCACGGUAACGUGCAGCAACACCGAGCAAUUGACGGAGAUUUUACGCAGCAAAAUCAGGAGGUUGAUCAAAAUUCACAACAGUUGGAAGACUUGACACAGCAGACGCAAGACUCUGAUGAUUUCACGCAACAAACGAGUGGUAAGCUUGAACUCGGCCAGCAAACCAUUGAUAAUCAUCACUUGGACGAUUUAUCACAGCAAAGCGAACAGCUCACGCAGCAGACGGAGGGUCAGCUUGAAUUUGGCCAGCAAACUGUCGGUAAUCCGCACUCAGAGGACUUAACGCAGCAAACAGAAGGUCAGCUUGAAUUUGGCCAGCAAACUGUCGGUAAUCCGCACUCGGAGGACUUAACGCAGCAAACGGAAGGUCAGCUUGAAUUUGGCCAACAAACUGUCGAUAAUCCGCAACCAGAGGACUUAACGCAACAGAGUGAACAGUUUACACAACAGACACAAGGACCUGAUGAUCUCACGCAACAAACGAGUGGUAAACUUGAAUUUGGUCACCAAACCAUUGAUAAUCAUCAUUCGGAAGAUUUAACACAGCAGAUGGAGGGUCAGCUUGAAUUUGGCCAGCAAAUUGUUGGUAAUCCGUACUUAGAAGAUUUAACGCAACAGACAUCCGACGAUUUCACGCAACAAACAAGUGGUAAACUUGAAUACGGCCAGCAAACUAUUGAUAAUCAGCAUUUAAAGGAUUUAAUGCAGCAGACACAAGGAUCGGACGAUUUCACACAACAGACGAGUGGUAAACUUGAUUUUGGACAGCAAACUGAUGACACUCAACAAUUGGAGCAAUUUGCACAGCGAACGGCAAGAUCGGAUAGGUUAACGCAACAAACUCAACUACGUAAACAUGAAUUUGGACAGCAUGUUGUUGAUAAUAAACAUUUAGAUGAUUUAACACAACAGAGCGAACAGUUUUCACAGCAGACAGAAGGUCAACUUGAAUUUGGACAGCAAGUUGUUGGUAAUCAGCAUCUAGAAGACUUGACACGGCAAAAUGAACAAUUUGCACAGCAGACAGUAGGAUCAGACGAUUUUACGCAACAAUCUAUUGGUAAACUGGAAUUUGGUCAACAAAUGCAAUCGAUAGAUAAAUCUGCCAAGCCAAAAAGUCAACGUCUGGAAGAAUUCAAUGAGCAAAGUGGAGAUUUCACUCAACAGACGGGAAGAUUUAAUGAUUUUACGCAACAAACUACGGGACAUUUAGAAUUUGGACAACUACAACAACCGCACAGACCCGGUAAACCAAAAGUCGGCAACCAUCAUUUGGAAGACUUCACUCAGCAGAAUGAAGACAUAACUCAACAGACCGGAGGAUUCGAUGAUUUCUCGCAACAAACAGCAGAACACUUGGAGUAUGGGCAACAAAGAGAACAGCAAAAACCUAGCUGGCCGGGACAUAAUAAUCAACGUUUGGAACAUUAUUCUCAACAAAAUAAGUGGGAUAUAGAUAAUCUUUCACAACAGUCGCAUCAAUAUCCAUCCUACAACAGAAAUGACAAACAAUCCGAAUGGCAAUUAGAACAAAUGUCACAAAAAACGAAUUUUGAUCAAGAUUUUACUCAACAAACUGAUCAAGAUCAAUUAGCACCUGUAAAACCAGCACCAAAGCCAAGACCAAGACCGCGAUAUCAGAAACAUGAUUCCAUUCCAACACAUACAGAUGAAACAGAUACAAUUGUUGAUGACUUUUUUAAACCGGUCGAGGUAAGCCCGGAGGCUGAUAUAGGUGAUUCCCACGGAAGAAUUAUCGAAUCUGGCAGUCGCGCAUAUCCUGGAUCCAAUCAUGAUACAUCGAAAGUUUUAUAUUCGACUCAAGGAAGCAGCAGCGUAUUCGACAACCAAAAGGAAAAUAUGGAUCGCUUAAAUUGGGUACAUAAAUCAAAUGACGCUACAGUAGGCUUGCAAUGGCAUUAUACUUAUCAUCCAAGUGACUUGACUAACGUUGAAGGCUCACAUGACAAUUUUUAUCCUCGUCAGAAUGUCGACCCGAUGUCACAGCAAACAGAAGAUAUACAACAACAGUCCAAGCCAUUUGACUUUAACCAACAGAACAAGGAUACGUUAGAAGAUAAUCAAAAUUCGUACAUUUCUCAAUCAUCGCAACGUGACAGAUAUAAUCAGCAGUCGGGAUCGUUUCAACAAGUUGAAACGCCCCGCUUCGACAAUCAAUUUAAUCAAGAUUCUGACGAAAUUCCAUCAGGAUCAAGAGUAAUUCCAUUGCAACGCGACGAAAAUUCCCGACUGACUUCGGAACAAGAGAAACGAUCGACGCCGACUACAGGGCAAACGGAAGAUAAAAUAGAGUCACGAAUCUUGCAAGCGUAUGGCGGAGGGCCAUAUGAUGCAUCACGUAGCGAUGAUUUCUAUAGCAGAAUUAGGCCAAAUCCCAGCGCUACCUUGCCACCCAUGGCUGGUGAGGAUCCGUGGGAUAUCAGAGAAAUACCGAGAAGGGUACCGGUGAUACCUCGGGAAUGGUCCACAGUACGCAACAUACCAGAAAUUGUAACUACAACCGAGGUGGCGGACAUUACAACGCAGGCAAUAGACACUACGACAACCCAGGCAUCCUUCUGGAGCAGAGUUGGUCAUAAAAUAACCAGCACGUACGACAAGGCUAAGGAAAAAGCUAAGGAGAUUUUCGGCUAGAUGCCAUAUCCUACUUAUUUAAGAAUUACUUAUUUAAGCACGGCAAAAUUUCUUUCCCAAUUUCUGAGUCGGGACAUAUCAAAUUGCUACAUUUAUUUAUGAAUAAUGUAUGUAUAUUUGCAGUUACCAAUAAAAUCAAGACGAAUCAGGAAUGAA